AUGAUUGUCCGCCAGGCACGCCGCUUCUCGAGCGCUGCUCCAAAUGCCGCCAACGAUGGCGAGCGCCCAUCUUCACAUGCCAGAAAUGUCGACUCUCCUGCAACGUUGUCUGUCCCUCAUGAUGCCCGCGCAAUAACGCCCCAAGAAGAUGCGCAGGCUAGCAGCAACAACUCUUCUGCGCUAGAAGGAGAUCUUCACCAGCAUGAACCAUCCACUCGCGGUCCUCUCUUUGCGGUUCGCGACGAGCAACGGCACGACUAUGACGGCACCGUGCAUCCCCCGCUAGGCAUGUUGUCGCGCCGCAUAACCGCUCCGAGCGCACCCGUCGAUAUUCCUGGCGAUGGAGAAAUGUCUGCGAACCCCUCACAUACUCUAGACGUACAGUUUCGCCGUCUGAACCUCGAUCCAUCACUCGCUGUAACGCCUGCACGCGACAUCGCCAGCCCAGCAUCGAUCGCAGACGGGCAGAAUGCACCGUCCAUGUCCGAAUCACUGCCCGCAGACGAUGGCAUGCGCCAUCUGCGGGCGCGCAUACACGAGAUUAGGGCUUUGCGAGUUGGCGAUGUGGACAAAGCUCGCAUGAUGCAUGGCCUCAUGACGGAACGCUACAAUUAUUUACGCCCUACGUCGCCCAGCAGCUUUGUCUCACACGACCGUCCUUUUACGCCCACGUCGAAUCAGUCCGUCUUCUCAGAAGUCCAAUACUCGUCGCCCGUUUCCGCUUCUUCCGACAUCGACCUGGACAAUCCUUUCAACCUUCGACCUGGUGACACAGAGCCUACAUACCGGCCUCGACCAACGCAUCCCAGUCCGGACGCCGUCGUUGAAGACGACGAGGCGGAGCUGUUGGAAGAGGAACCCUCACUUGGCUGUCAGCACUACAAACGUAAUGUCAAAGUUCAAUGCUAUGAAUGCCGGCGGUGGUACACUUGCAGGCACUGUCAUGACGCGAUUGAAGGCCACAAUUUGGACCGGAAGAAGACCCAGAACAUGCUCUGCAUGGCUUGCGGCACCCCGCAGAAGGCUACUGAGUACUGUAAAAACUGUGGGAGACAGUCAGCAUGCUACUAUUGCGACAUUUGCAAGCUGUGGGAUAACAACAGCAGCAAAAAGAUCUACCACUGUGCUGAUUGCGGUAUCUGCAGACGAGGCGAAGGUUUAGGCAAAGAUUAUGUGCAUUGCAAAGUGAGUUACGUACUGAAGUUGCCGUGA